AUGAGCGCCUCAUCCUCGUCUGAGAGCGACAGCAGCUCCAGCCGCUCCAGCUCUCCGGAGCCAGCCAACCAGCAGAAGCAAGCUGUGAAGGCCACCAAGACGGAGUCCACAAACGAAGAUGAAUCCAGUUCAUCGGGAUCAGAUAGCUCCAGCGACGAGGAGUCAGACAAUGGCGGAGCCGUAACCAAAUCAAGCGCCCAGCCAGAGACAGAGCCAGCCAACAGAGUCACAAUCUCCGUAGCCCAGCCCUACAAACCACCCACAGGCUUCAAACUAGCGAAGAAACAGCCCCCUCCAUCCUCAAAAACAUCCUCCCUCCUCUCCAACCUAACCGGCAAACAAGUCUUCCACAUCACGGCUCCGUCCUCGCUGCCGCUAUCGAAAAUAAAAGAAGUCUCCAUGGCCAUGAUCAUGAAGGGCGAACCCCUUCUCACACACGAGGGCGUGAACUACGGCAUCCCCGCCGAGUCUCUGCUGUCCGAGACCAACGACCCGGAAGGAAAAGCGCUACUUAUCUACGACCAAAGCACACAGUCCUACCGCAGUGCUGCGGCACAUGUGCCAACAUAUCACAUCCAGGAACUGGUCGGGUCCCUGGGGACGGACAAGGCGACUGAUAGGGCAGUUGAGGCCUUGCGCGAUGAGAAGAAGCCGCGGAAACGGCAGCCGAAGGGUCUCAAGAUGCGGUUUCGACCUAUUGGCAGUUUGAGUGGGCCGCCGGAGACGAUUGGGGACAGCUCAGAGUCUGAGGCGGAGGAGGAGCCGACAUUCAAGGUGCCGUUGGGUGGAGAGCGCGAGGAGCAGCGGAAGAGGAAACAUGCUCACGAGGGGGAUGCGGCGCCGCGGAAGAAGUCGAAGAAGCAUGAGAGGGAUGACGAGGGAGGAAAGACGUCGAAGAAGUCACAUAAGGAUAAAGAGGAGAAGAAGCGGAAAAAGGCUGCCAAGGCAUGA